AUGAUUUCCCCCUUUUUUCGCAUUUACAAGAAUGGCAAGGUAGAGAGGUUCAUAGCUGAUACAGAAACUGUACCACCAUCCAAUGACCCUCAAACAGGUGUCCAAUCCAAAGACACCGUGUUCUCACAAGAAAACAGCCUGUCUGUCCGUCUCUUUAUUCCCAAAAUCACAGAUCCAGGCCAAAAACUCCCUCUCCUGAUAUACUUUCAUGGUGGUGCAUUUUGCAUUGAAUCCCCUUUCUCUUCUCUAUACCAUAACUACCUCACUAGUUUAGUCCACAAAGCUAAUGUUAUAGCUGUGUCCGUUCAAUAUAGAAGAGCUCCAGAGCACCCUCUCCCUAUAGCAUAUGAUGAUUCAUGGGCUGCCAUCCAAUGGGUUGCUUCGAAUGUAAAUGGUGAUGGGCCUGAGUCCUGGCUUAAUAAGCACGCAGAUUUUGAGAGAACGUUUUUGGCUGGAGAUAGUGCUGGUGCUAAUAUUGCACACAACAUGGCUGUUAGAGCUGGGGUUAAUGGGCUAACUGGGGUUAAAAUUGUGGGUAUGGUUUUGGCGCACCCAUUUUUCGGUGGCAAUGACCCUGAUUGGUUUAGUCCGGCGAUAGAGUUCAUCUUUCCUUCUGUUAGAAUCUAUGAUGAUCCUAGGAUUAAUCCGCUUGGUGCAGGUGGCCAGCUGGAGCUGGCAAGCUUGCGGUGCACUAGGGUGCUAAUUUUUGUUGCUGGGAAGGAUGGGUUAAGAGAUAGGGGAUUCGCUUACUACGAGGCACUGAAGAAGAGUGGGUGGUGCGGUGUGGUGGAGAUCGUGGAGGCUGAAGGAAAAGAUCAUGUUUUCCAUUUGACAAACCCCGCUUGCGACGAGGCCGGGGCCAUGAUGAAGCAGGUUGUUUCCUUCACGAAUUACGUUCAUUAG